ACGCUACGAUUACAUUGAGUACGAUGAUGGUCGUGUGCUCGGCAUGGAUUUCGGUAACCAGGAUAAGAACUGUGCAACAGGUAGGCUUCUGGUCACGUUGGAUCUUCUGGCGUUGCAACUACUGCUUCUGUCUCUGCGAUGAGGAGGGUCCGCAUUCUGAUCGCUUCUUCAAUUUGCGCGACACAAUCUCGAACUAUAAUAAUAACAUGAUCGUCACUGGAGCAUAUUUCGUCAAAUAUCAACGUGUCUUUCAUCUGCAGUUGCAGCAGGGCGAACUGUUGCCAAAUGGUUUGAUCAACCAAUCAUCUCUGGCAUGGAUACCAUUGGAAUCGUAUGAUGUCACCCACGUGAACAUACGCAAUGGAUUGGGCUAUCAUAAGCUCACCUAUGAUAGUCGCUCACUGGAUCUGGACGAGAUUUCUGUUGAAAAUGAUACCCUUGUGGUUACUGGCGCACGUUUUCGCGUCGUGGACAAACAUCUCAAUUUGGAGGUGCGAUUUAGCACAUUUAACUUUACCACAGGUCGCAUACUUCAUCCGGAAGUCAAUAGUUUUUGGCUUGGCAAUGAUAAGCCUGGCCAGAAACUAAUGCUAUUCGAUCCUCAAGUGUCAACGAAAUCGCCGCUUAGUUCUCUGCCCUUGUCAAAGGAUAACCAAUUUAUGGAAUUUGUUAGCUCCAGUGUGGACAAAGACGGUGCACAGAGCACUGUGCCUUUUAUCGAUAUUCAGGACGUUGUACCCAAUCCCGCAGUUCCACUCUCCGGUCUGGGCAUCUAUCACAAAUGACGUAAAGGUUUUGGUGGCUUCUUUGCUCCGAAGAUCGUAACAUACUACAAUUUUUGGAAGAAGCUAUUAAAUCCACAAGGCUAAGUCUCAUACUAUUUGCCAUAAUUACAUUUAUUAUCACAUUUAUAAUAA